UAACUAACUAACUAUAAAAUAUUUUAGGUUAUUAAAAAUACUUACAUUUGUAUAAGAUCAAGCACUAAAUGUUCUUACACAGAAAAAACUGAAAAACGAUUUGCGAAGAAGAUACGAUAUUGCCAAAACCUCUUUUUAGAUAAUAAAACCGUACAACAAAUCGGAAAAUUGUUUACACAUAUAAGCAAUACACAAUACACACAUACGUUGGAAACUACAUACUUGACACAGUUAUAUAUUUUCGGUUUUUUAUUUUCUGAUCGUUUCUUCCUUUAAAAGGACUUUACAGUUUGAAAGGAAAAAACUGUAUAAUUAGUAUACCCUUCACGUAUGUUUGUUAAUAUUGGUUUUUAAAAGACCCCAUACUUCUGCGGUAUUCAAAUCUUCAAAAAAUCUGUUCGACAUGCUUUCGAGAAGAUCGCUACUUAAAAUCAGCAAAAAAAAUCCGAAACAACCUUUGAAAUUUUUAUCAAAAAAAGAGAAUAAUUUUUAGGCUUUGAUAAACAAGCAGCAAUAACACUGUGUAUUAGAAAAAAGAUGUAUAUGUGGAUGUAUUUGCCUAAUAAAAAUUUUUUCUGAAAUAAUUUCUAUACUUUAUCAGAAUUUUUUAAUUUCCCUUAGACAUUUUAAAGAAUAAUUGGAAAACUCUUUGUUAGAUUGCACAUUUUCUGAAGGAUUAAAAGAUUAACAUCAAACUUGUCAGCACAUUGUCGAAAGGAAAUUUCAGCGUUACGACAAUUAUGAGACUACUCUGCACAUUGGCGGAAGGCAUUGGUCCAAUCAAAUGACUCUGGUACAGAAUCUGAUGGAGAUACCUUAGAUGUGGACAUUAAACAUCAUCUUUAUUUAGAGUUGGAUAUGGAAACUAGUUUUAGUUCCUACACCGAUGCGAACUCUCCGACCGAUAAAAUUUAUUCAUCAGAAUUUUCUGCGAUGAUGUGUAAAUCCCACCUCCAGUACGAUCAGCAUAGUUCUGAAGAAGAACUAGAGGUAAUAAACGGUCCUUCAUCAGUAGCAGCUGCAGAAGCUGCUGCCAGCAAUGUAUUGACAGUACGUGGCACAUCAUCCCUAAUAUCAGAACGUGGAUCGUCGUCACUAGAGCCUGAUGAGCUGCAGGGUGAAAUAGCUGCUUUAAAAAGGUCUAGUUCAACAUUGGUAGAAAAUCGUAAACGUUCGCUGGCACACAGUUCAGAUGAUGAUUUACGAAAUUUUUUGGAACCAAUUUUGACGCCUGUCAACUUUCGCACAUCACCGCCUUUAGAGGCUUUUAAGCCAAAUCGUAGCCACAUGUAUCGCUCGACUACGCCACUUAUUUUACAAGAGGCGCGUUGCGGUAUUGAAAAUAUUAAGUUAUGUGAUAAUAGUGUUAAUGAUGAAAACGGUGGAGCAAAUAGUGUUAGCGGUGGCAACAAUGGUGAUACAUCUUGUGUCAUGGGCACCGAGGAGGAAAACACCGAAAAUGAUGAGGGCACAGCCAGCAGCAUUAUUAAAAUGAAGAUGAGCAAUUCGACGAGCAGUCAUCACAUUUAUCAACCUCAAGCCAAGCAUAAUUUUCACUUUAAUAGUUCGCGCAGCAGUCCUGCCUCCACGACUGGUCUCGAUGUUGAGGUAAGAUCGGUUAGUCCACCCGCGAAACUCUUCCAUUGUGCAAUAUCGCCCAGACGCCGACCCAUGCGCACACAACACAAUUCACAACGUUUACAAAGACCGCACAGGCCAUGUUUAGAUUUCGAUAAAAUGCAGCAGGUUAGUUUGUAAUGUAGCGCCAAAUCAAACAGAACUAAAUUAUACAAACAGAAGUCUAUAAUCAUCUUUGACAACAAUACCAUCUUCACCAUCACCACCAAAAACAAUAACACAAA